CCAAGCAAAAUGACGUCACAGCGCAGCUCGGCUUAUAAUGAAGCAUCAACUUGAACAUGGCGGUGGUGCCCAACUCCCAACUUUAUAGUUAAAUAAACAGCCGUGUAUUCACCCCGUCUCAUUGUAAACACUUUACCACUAACCGAUCACCCCAAAAUGAAGAUGAUUGCAACUUGCAGUAGCACCACCGCCCUCAACCUUUCCCACUGACCUCCUGACCUCCUGACCUCUACCGAAACAAAACCCACGCCUCCAACCUCCAGAAGCACCACCGCCGACUGCCACCACAUUUCCCUCUGACCCUUUGACCUCUACCGAAACCCAACCGAAACCUCCAGCCCAGCCAAUCAAAAUGAGCAAGUCUUUUGUACUGAAACGAAAUUCCUCACCGGAGUCACUGGUUAUCACUAAAGCCACAGAGCCACGCACAAAGUCAUUACCGAGGGAACAACCUGCGAGGUAUGGCAAACCAUACCAGAGAUCAGAGUUUAACUUGGAUGGUUCGAUAACUCGUUGCCCCGUGCACGACCCUCCUCGCAGAUCCGUCAUAGCGUCUCCUCGGAUGUCCGUCGUCGACAACGGUUACAUGAACAAUAAGAGCAUCGGCAAGCGGUUCACCAGCGUACAGAACUGGAACACUAUCUACACCUCCAAGUUGCCUAGCUACCAGACCUUUGAUCCCGAUGACAGCGGCCCCAGCACACCCAGAACAAGCAAACAACUGGUUGGUAUGAUCAAAAGCAAGGAUCUGAAGCGGAAGAUGGUCUUUGAUCUGCACGAGGAAAUGAAGAAGAACGCAUACACCACAACGCUGGAAGAGAUCUCAGAUAUGGACAGGAUUACGGAAAUUUGUCUCACAACGCUCAAGUCGAUGAUGGAAUCUAAGAAGCACCGGAAGUACCUGCACCAUAUGAACAACAACGCCUUGACCCUGUACCCCACGGCCACACCGACAGAUUCCUGGAAUAACCUCACCAACAACUCUAAAAGAACUAGCCUAUCAAAAGACCCCAUCAGCCUAAACAGUACCUUGCGUCGAGACAGUGUCCGCCCCAUGGACAGCAACUUGAUGUUAAGCAUUCAAAACGCAAGAAUGACAAAACCCGCGAAAAGAAAUUACAUGUUAGUUCCUGGUAUUGGACGAAUUUUAAGAACUGGUCCUGAGGUCACAGAUGGAAAGCGGAAGGUGCCACGUUUAGGUAGUGAAGCAAGCAGUUCCAGUGAUGGCAGUAUCGAAAAUUCUUUUUUCCAAAAAGACGAAAACAAGGCACUGAAAAUGCUUACCGACCUACAGGCCCAGCUGCACCUACAGGAAGAUGACGGCAAACCAAAACCUGAGCCUAGAAAACAUGUUCCACUACUGACUCCAGAGGAAGCUUUGGCAUGCAAAUGGCUACGGUUGACACCCUCCCAAGUUGCAGAUUUGGAAAAAGUUAUGAGAAGCCGUGGCGUCGAUCCAGGCAUUCACGAACAUUCUAAGUUUGACGACUAUGACGUCUUUUCUGAAAUAAGGAUGUUAAGGUGUUGAUAGCCAUUCUAAUACUACGGAUAGUACUUAUACGGAGCGAGAACGACCAGACGUAUGUAGAGGUGAUCGAAGAAGAAGAAGAUCUGGAAGAGUCAAAUGAAGACAAUGAAGGUGUUAUCAAACAAUAAAUUUGUAGUGCUAAGCGGAAAUUCGGUGAAUACUGUCGACAGAUCAAAACGAAGAGAAUUCACUUACAAGCGUUGUGCUAUUUUUAAACCGAUGAUGUACUGACGACGCGGCUGCUAUUUUUAGACCGGUCACAACGAGGCUAGGAGAAUGGACUGGGAUGUGAAUUGACGCUGUGUUGUGUGAGCUUUUCCCUCGGUACAGACUUGUGAUAACCAGUGAUGACGUCACUUGAUAAAACCAAUAAAACUGUGGUGAUGA